ACAUGGCGGCUCUCUCGGGGAGCGGUGGUGAAGAUAUGACUUCAGGACAGGACGCUCAGUCAGCUCUUCUUGAGUUAGACAAAGGUUUAAGAGCAUCCAAAGUAGGUGAACAAUGUGAAGCGAUCGUCAAGUUUCCCGCCUUGUUUGAAAGAUUUCCAUUCCCGAUUCUUAUAAAUUCUGCUUUUCUCAAACUAUCUGAUGUCUUCAGAGUAGGAAACAACUUUCAGAGACUAUGUGUACUCAAAGUGACACAGCAGAGUGAAAAACACCUCGACAAAAUACUUAGCACAGACGAGUUUCUACGACGCAUCUUUUCAGUAAUUCACAGCAAUGAUCCAGUUGCUAGAGCGAUUACUCUCAGAGUUCUUGGUAGCAUAGCAUUGCUCAUUUCUGAACGAAAAAAUGUUCACCAUAGCAUAAGGAUGGGUUUAGAUUCACAUGAUGAUGUUGAGAUUGAUGCUGCAAUUUACGCCACAAGUCAGUUUUGUGCAAAGUCACAAACAUUCUCUGUUAGUGUCUGUGACAAGCUCAUUGAAGUCAUUGAAGGACUGGCCACUUCAAUGGAAAUGAAACUCAAGCUUGUUCCAAUAUUUCAAUACAUGUAUCAUGAUACACAAUCUGCAACAAAGGCGUGGAAACUUUGCACUUCUCUCCUCAAAAUAUAUUCCUCAAAAACCUUCGUUGUUUCCAUCCUACAUUCCUUGUCUUCGUUGGCGGCGGCUUCGUUGUUCAACAUUCCUGCGCAGAUUGAAUUGUUGCUGUCGUAUUUGGUGGAUGAUCCACGGCAGAGCGUGAAGCGUCAAGCUCUUCUUGAUGCGAAUAUUCUUGCGAGAAAAUCACCCCACGUUUGGGAAAGCAAGCAUGUCAAAAUCUUGUGCGAGUUUCUAUCAAGUACACCAUACGGUGGUCUUCAGGUUGGAGUUUUGUUCGUCCUGGUCACUCUGUCUCAUUCUGUUGCGGUUGAAAUGCUGGAUAAUGAACAAGUUCUGGAAGCAAUAGGAAACCAGACUUGUUCAGAUUCUGUCAUGAUUUGCGCUCUUGGCAAUGAGAUCACCGUAAAUAUUGCCCUCACCCGGCUAAAGAAAGACGUGGGAAACAAGGAAUUGUGUGAGCAAGCUUCAAGAAACUUAGAAACAACGAUUAUCGAGUGCUGUUUGAUCGAACAGAGGGAGGCUCUUGAGAAGUCCCUACUUUGUGUCAACCGACUGGUAUCCCAGGAUGCUAUUUGGGCUCUGAAUUUCUCGGAAACUUUCGUUGGUCUUUUGACAUCGAGUUCCAGUGGUAUUUGCCUGCAGAUUGCCAAAGGUCUGGUUUCUAUUGCCACUCAGUCGCCCCUGUGUUUGGACAAAGUUAGAUCCGAACUCUACAAACAUUUUGUCUUUAUUUGUGAGCUUGAAGUCAGUGAACGCAGUCCUAAAGCUCAAGAAUUCCAAAGCCUGUUGGUUGCCAUAGCUACACUCGUUUUCCAAGCUCAUCAGCAAAGUAUUGAAAGUCCUGUGAACCAACAAGAGAUGAAACAAAUGAUUCUGCAGAAUCUAUCAAAACUUCAGGCCUCUUCAAGAUAUUGGACAAUGUACAGGGUUGCCAAACAAGCAGCGAGACAGGGGUUCCAUGCUGUAUCACAAAGUAUUUUCUCCAGUCUGACAUCAAUGGUUGCAUCGGUCCAUCUACACUGUUGGAUAAAAUCUUUGUCGGAUUUCAGUCAGGCAGAAAAUCUUCUUGGUGAAGCCAAAGAAACUUUAUCUCGGAUCACCGAAAAGACUUCUCAAGCUAUUUGUAGUUUUCAAAAGGGAUUGGUUGCGCUCAAGGCAGCAGUUAGCGCCAAUCACCAGCUGGAUUUUCAUCACGAGUUCAUCGCAUUACGAAUGCAAACUUUACAAAUCCAUUCGUUCCUUUUAUCAAUCUGUGCCAGUAUUCGUUCCUGUCCUCCAUCAGCCGUUGCUAAAUCCAUUGUCAUGGCGACAAAACAAGACACUUAUAUGCACACGCGACAGGUCGUCCAGAUGAAUGAAUGUCGAGAAAAGUUUUCUUCUUUGGCAGCAAGUUAUGGAAAACUUUAUCGAAAAUCUUUUGAUGCCGAUCCAGUUACACUUCAAAAUAUUGAGGCACAUCAACAAAGUUGCCUACUCUUUGCUUAUGCCAUAGAUUUGUUAAUGAACCGUCUUGAUUUAGCCAGGUUGUCGCCUAGUUUUGAAGAACCACUAAAUCAGAACACUGGAAACAGACUUCAGAGAAAAUGUGCGGAAAUCUUGGAGGAACUUCAACGACAAUAUUCCGACACCCAGGAUAAGCCAAUCUCUGACGACGAAAUCCAGUGUCUCUGUAGAAUGUCAGUGUGUAUUCUUGGAAUUCCAAUGAGGCUUCCACGUUAUUUCUUCGACCGACUCCAGUCUACGAAAAUCAAGUUGGCCAUCUCACCGUCACAGCCUAUAAACAAUGAACCUCACAGUAUAUCAGUGGAGAGUCAAAUGGCGUUAAAGAUCGAGGGUGUAAUAUGUCAUGGCAAAGAUCAGGCAGUCUUUAGAAAGAUCAAAUUUGUGACACUUCUCGUGGAAAUAAUCGCCGAAGAACGUAAAGAGUCGAUGGAUGUAAAGGCAUCUCUCAACACUCCACCUGGUCCUCUACAACAAACUGUUGAACCACAUAAUGAUUAUUUCAGUACUCAGUUUCUGCUCGCAUUUCCUUUGCCCAAUCUCUACGCGGUCAAGGUGACCGUCGCUGUGGUGGAUGACCGAGGACAUAAUUGGGAAACUGGACCUGAAAGUACAUUGAAUGUGAAAGCACUAGAAGUCCCAAGCCGAACCCACCGACGGAUUCCGUGAUAAUCUUGUAAAUGAUGUGUACAAUUUUUAGAAUAGAAUUUUCUUUAAUAUGA